AUGUAUCUUCUCUUUGGCACAAAGAAAAUCUUACUGAUCGAUAGUGGUGCAACCGUCGCAUCAACUUCAUUUCCCAUCCGAAAACAUGUUGAAGGUAUCAUUAAUCGUUGGUGUCUGAAUAACAAGAAACAACGUAAAGAUCUCGAGCUAGUCGUUGCUCAUACUCACAAUCAUCUUGAUCAUAUUGCCGGCGAUGGACAAUUUCAAAGUCAACUGUAUACCACUGUUGUAGGUACAAGCGUAGAAGAUAUGAGUUACUUUUUCAAACUGUCAAAAUGGCCAUAUUCGAUUGGCACUUUUGCGCUUGACAAUCAGCGGCAAUUAGCCAUCAUACCUAUACCAGGUCAUGAAAAUGCUUCGAUAGCCUUCUACGAUUGUGCAACUGGAUUAUUGAUUACAGGUGAUUCAUUGCUACCAGGACAUUUAUAUAUCGCAAAUUUUUCGGCUAAUGUAGAUUCGAUUGAACGUCUAUUGUACUUCAUUGAGUCAAAUAAUCUCAAUGUGAGUGCCAUUCUCGGUGCACAUAUUGAAAUGACUCAAACAGAUAAAGUUGAUUAUCCAAUUGGUGCUACCUACCAACCGAAAGAACGUCUACUCAAUUUAUCAUUAGAUCAUUUGCAUCAACUCAAUAAUGAAUUGCAAGAACAAUGGAAAGCAGGUUUCGAUCAACGACAUAAAGCCUAUUAUGAUGCAUUUAUUGUCGAUCCUAAUCCAUCUCAAUUACCUCCAUAUCCGUCCGACGAACGAAUGGCUGAACAUGGAUUCAUAUUAUUACCAUUAAAAUCGUUAAAUGAUAGUGGUUAG